GCUGUCUGCGGCACUGCAUAAAAGCCACCAAAUUUUCUCACGGGAUACGCGUCGCAGGAACGUCUCUAUGAACAUGUUGACACAGCGCGGUGCCGUGCUCUCGUCGGUUGCCUUGGUGGCCCUGUCCCUGGUGUCGAUGUCCAGCGCACUGGCGAUCCUUGCAUGCCCGCCUGUGGAUGACUGGAACGCCAACGCCACUCUGAUUGCCAACCCGCUCAACUGUUCUACAUUCUUCAUGUGCCAACAGGGAAUUCCUGUGCUUAUGACGUGUCCGGGAACGCUGCACUUCAACGACGUCAACAAGACCUGCGAUUAUGCCUCCCGGGCCGGAUGUGUGCCGCAGCUACCAACAUUCCCUCCUGUCUCACAAGAGCCAACAGAAGCCGCCACUGGAAAGAUUGUGGACAAGGUAUUAGAGAAAGAAGUGGUCCGGCCAGUACAUCAUGACGAAGCCCCAGGGACCGUCAGUGAAGAGACGGCAACUGAAAACGAAGUACCUGCUGUCUCUGUUCAUUCUGGGGACGACACACAAGCUCUGAUCACGGACACUGUCAUCGACGGUAGCGCGAGCACAACCGUGCAGCCAGUCCAAGACACCGUCACGGAGGUGGUCGAGCGCGAUGUCUUGGGAAGCGCGGCUGAUGACGUCAAAGUCAGCGAUGACGUUCUAUGAAACUAUCGGAGGAAAUCAACGAUGUUGUUUACUGCUUGGUGGGGACGUGCAUGGCACUCAAAAAAAGAUGUUCGUUGGAACAUUCGAUUUUGCAGACUUAUUCGAUAUAUGCAAUAUGUGGUCAGAGCGCGGAAUCAUAAUCGCUUGUCGGCAGUACUGUAAGAAAAUAAAAUUGUUUAUUGGAUAUAGGAUAC